AUGGAGAAGGUAAAACCAGUUACCACUCCUCUUGCCACCCAUUUUAAACUUUCUUCUUUAAUUCUGCAAAUGUAAUCGAAAAGAGAAUAUAUGUCUAAAGUCCCCUAUUCAUCAGCAGUUGGAUCACUCUGUAUGCGAUGAUCUACAUGCGCUCUGAUAUCUCACAAGCAGUUCAAUGGAUUCUUAGACACCUACGUAGAACUUCUGAUGUGUGCUUGGAUUUUAGAAAAUCAAUCUUCAAAGUCUCUGGCUAUGUAGAUUUUGAUUAUGCAGUAGAUCUCAAUAAGAGGAGAUCUCUUAUAGGUUAUAUUUUCACUUUAGAUGAAUGUGCAAUUUUGUGGAAGGCGACUCUACAAUCAAUUAUGGCAUUAUCUACCACUAAAGCUGAAUAUAUUGCCAUCAUAGAGGCAGUAAAGGAGGCCAUCUAAUUGAAAGUUCUUUUCAAUGAAAUCUACUCAAAAUAGUUUUUGGUUAAUCUGCUCUGUGAUAGUUAGAGUGCCAUCCAUCUCUCAAAAGAUCAAUUGUUCCACGAAAGAACAAAAAACAUAGAUGUACAUUAUCACUUUGUACAAGAUGUGUUCUUGAAAGGAGAUAUCUCUAUUAUGAAGAUUAGUAUGCAUGACAACCCAGCAGACAUGAUGAUAAAGCCUCUUCUGUUAGGAAACUUUCAAUAUUGUCUAAAUUUGACUGGAUUAUUCGCUGAAUGA